UGUCACUCCAUUCAUGAUUCCACUGCCUCGCCCCUUGGGUUCUUUUCCGCCUGUGCUUCCUCUCCACCACGUUCACCGUUCACGAUGGACUGCUUCAGCCUCCUCCCAGGGGCUUUCGAGAAUGGACCAUCUCAGAUCGUCCCUGAGAUAGCGCCAACCUACCAGCAUACGGAUCACCACCCGUUCAUUGCUCGAAUCAUCUUGCAUUUAACACCUCACGUCCAUGGAGGCCUUCUCAACGUGACUGAAGCUGUCUUUCAACGCGGUGGACAAAGCUUGUGAAUGGCUCAGUGCUCUAUGCGCCAGCCGCAGUCUGGAUUCAAGCUGGUGCCGAAAGACCUUCAUUGCCCCGGAUGACGUUAGGGGCAUCGCUUCACUCGCCUCCCUCUUGGUCUAUGGGGCGCAUGCUCGACCUCGACCAUGGUGUAUAUAGCUUGCCAGGUCGCUGCAUUUCGGCAUGUCUUCAAAGCACUCAUUCACUCACAACCGUCGCUCUUUCAGACCACCCAACUGUGGCAAGCUAGCCGAACCAUUCUUUCGUUCCCUUUGUUGACUCUCACAUUGUCUUGCCCGGCGCAGACAAUAGGUUCUUUCAGAACACGACUCUCCUUAACAAAUCAAGUCAACGACCGCUCCUUUGUGGGAAGCCCAAAGAAUCAAGCGCAAUCUGGUUAUUGCUCUGCCCAACACACUCAUUCAAUCAUUGACGUAACACAACAACCCAUCAAUCUCUGAUAUCAACCAUGGUUUCUGCAAUCAAGAAGAUGGCUACGGCCAGCGUCCUCUUCCUCGCCGCAUCCACCAACGCUCACAUGAUCAUGAAGUCUCCUGUCCCGUAUGGCAAGAGCACUCUCAACAACUCUCCACUCGAUGGCAGUGGCUCCGACUUUCCCUGCAAACAGCGUUCCGGUGUCUACGAUGCGGAAGGUGCUCAGAAUGUCGCAGCUAUCGGUGAACCACAGACCUUGAGCUUCAUCGGACAAGCUACACACGGAGGUGGUUCCUGCCAAGUGAGCUUGACCACCGAUCUAGAACCCACCAAAGACUCCAAGUGGAGUGUGAUACUGAGUAUCGAAGGAGGCUGUCCGUCUAGUUCUGCUGGUAAUAUUGGCGGUGACCCCAACGGCAGUGGCUCCAGUACUUUUCAGUAUACUGUCCCCGAAGGCAUCGCUCCAGGCGAAUACACUCUUGCUUGGACAUGGAUCAACAAGGUCGGCAAUCGCGAGUUCUACAUGAACUGCGCUCCGUUAACUGUCACUGCGGCGAAGAAGAAGCGAUACGCCCCAACCCCAAAGAUGUCGAAGCGUCAGACCUCAUUCCCUGAUAUGUUUGUCGCGAACCUCGCCUCAAUCAAUGACUGCACGACACCCGAAUCUUUCGAUUAUGUGUAUCCGAACCCUGGUUCCGUGGUCCAAUCGGCCGGAAAUGGUCCUUAUACUACACUUUCCUGUGGAGCUGCUGCAGGCAACAACGCCGCUCAAACCCCAACUGCUACUGGAGCUGCUUCAGUUGCAGCGACUGGCUCAGCUACUGAAAGUUCUUCUGCUGGCGCUACGAGUGCUGCAGGUGGCUAUGGCUCUCCAGCCGGUUCCUCAGCAGCUGGCUCGUCUCCUGCCAUUUUCGCCACUGGAGCCGCCUCGGCAGCUAGUCCUGCAAGUACCGAUGUGGCCUCAGUCAUUCCUGUCGGCGCAUCCUCAACCGCAGCUCCUGCAGCCACUCCAAGCACCUCGAACAGCAAUGGAAAUGGCUCAGACUUGGGAUCUGCCUCAACCAAUACCUCAGCUGCUGGAACUCAAACCGGCCCUUGUACUAAUGAGGGUGCGUGGGCUUGCAGUGCGGAUGGUGCCAGCUUCCAAAGAUGUGCUUCGGGAUUAUGGUCGACGGUCAUGUCCAUGGAGGCCGGAAUGACAUGCACUCCUGGAGUGUCCAUGACCUUCUCCCAAGCCGCCGGUAAAUCCAAGCGUCACCUCCACAGUCACAUGCGACGCCAUGCCGAGACGAUCGGUGAUUCUCUGCACUGAGUCAAUUGAACUCAACCUGACACCAAAACCACCAUAACGACAUCUGUACAGAAACACCGACAUGACGAGCUGGACUCGCAGCCCUGACUGGGCAAGCCAUUGAAGAGAGUACUCAACUUUCUCUGCUUCUCAAGCUUUUGACGAACUAUGGCGCCGAUUGUAUCAACAUGCAAGGAUACCUAGGUACUUUCAAUUCGAAGAUCAUUCACGGGAUUUAUGACAAAAGCGGCGGACAGUACGGCCAAGUGAAUGAUAAGGAUAUACCCCCCAAAAUUGCAUCGGCCCGGCGUUUCGUGGAAUCUUGAUGGAUGAUCUGGUGAGGGAUUUUCAAGAUGAUGGAAAGCACAUACUAGUGCUAUCUAGUGUUUUGGUGGCCCGUUUAACGUGGUUCAUGACGAAGCUGUACAAAUCUUUCAUUAAGUACAAAUGAGAUAGAUGAGACAAUCAAAGAAGAAUGGGUUGCAAAACUA